AUGCUCGACCUGGAUAUCAAAGACUAUUUGCGGCUAAUAGGUUGGAUCCUCGUAUUCCUUUUCCCAAUUUGGGUAAUAUAUAAAACAGGUGGUCCUGAACAGGAACCGUUACUGGACGAUAUAGAAUAUCAACGACAACAACGACUUAAAAAAUUUGCCGAAGAAAGGAAGCGUGCAGCAGAAAAAUCCACAGCCAAUACCACAGCAACAGCAACAAAAACAAGUAAGAAUAAAAAAAAGAACAAAAAGAAUAAAGCAGCAGUGAAUACAGCAGUUGAUGACCAGUUGAAAAUCGAUUCUGUUCAAAAUCAACAACGCUCACAAAAGUUAACAUCUGACAAAAACAAGAAGACCGACAAUCACCCUAAUUCCGUUAAAUAUGAGAACAACAACAAGAGUAGUAAUGUAGAUGGAAGCCAGCAAGAUGAAUAUGAAGAAGCAAAAAUAUCAGACGAUAUGGAAAAUGAUGAGCCUAUUAGAGAAAUUGAUGAGCAUAUGGAUCCAACAACUCAUUAUGCACGCGUUUUACGCAUUAAACCGGAAGAAGAAGAAGUGGAACUCGAACCUGUUCCUCUCGAAGAAGGAUGGAGUCAAGUUAGAAGCCGACGUGUUAAUCAAAAGUCAAAUACCGCUUCUAAUAAUACUCAUGUUGACAAGAAUGCUGCCAUCACAGCAGCUGUUAUAGAAGCGAAUGAAAGAUAUAUUCCAGGAUUAGAUAAAAAGCAACGCGAAAAUAUGAAACGGAAUGCCAAGAAAAAAGCACAGAAACAGGCUGCUGCUGCACUUCAAGAGGAAAGAUUACGUAAACAUCAGAAAGAAUUGGAGAAGAUCAAGAUCCAAGAUUAUUAUGCAACAGGUAGAGGCAAAAACACGCCCUGGGGUAAAAAUGGACAGAAGUCCUCGUCAUCCAAGGUACCACAAUCAACCGCGGGCAUUAAUGAAUAUGGUCAAUUAAUUUGGGAUUAG